GGAAGGAGAAACAGCCCUAGCAGGGUAGAGAGUGCGUCUCCGGGGCUGGAGUCUGCAGAAGACACGCCUCCAUCCUUCACGCCCCUCGGGGCUGCGGAAGCGCUCUGGGAAUUGGAGGGGCGCGGCAGCUACAGGUGGACUACUUCUCCCGGAAGGCGUUGCGGUCGUCCGCCACGAGUCCCAGCAGCACCUGCGCGCCAGGGUUUUUUCAGUUCGUGGCCGCCUGAGGCGAAACUACAGUUCCCGGGAGGCCUCGCGCGAAGCGGCUUGGAAGUGGGCAGCCUGGAAGUCACUCGGGCCACCGGGACUGGCGGCGUCUCCAGCGAGGGGCGCGGGGCCAGACGCCGCGGUGGUGGGACCCGCAGGGCGGGCAGCUGGGAAGCCCAGGCACUGAGGAUAAGGCAGUGAAGCAGCCAGUCAGAAAACCCUUCCUUUGAAAACCGAGUAAGAUGCACAGUCUUGGACAUCGGCUCUCCUGGAACCCUCAAGGAGCACUAGUGUCCAGCAUGUACUAAGGCAUGGCAGGGAAGACGCCCCCGCAGCCUGCCUGCCCUCAAGGAAAUCCACUGCCUGCCUUGCCGUGCUGAGUACGCAGUUCCGAGGUUGUCCUGGCUCAGCUGUCCACAGCGAUGGUGGAGAACUGGACUCCACAGGCUCAUAACCCCCCCCAUCAGGUCUAAGGAGCCGGCUUCCUUCAUCCUGGGACUGGCAGCCCUGAACAAUGGCUGAGGGCUGGGGGACCCCAUAGAGACACCGCAGCCAGUAGCACUCCAGUGCCCGUGGACUAUGACCACCUAUCGGCCCAUUCCCAACGAUGGUGUGGACCUGGCAGCCAGCUGUGGAGCCAGGGGGACCGAUGGCCUCCCCGGGCCACACACGGGGGACUACACUUCCAUGGGAUUCUGGGUCCAGAACGGUGGCAUGCCCCAGCCUGUUGGUGAGAGCCCGGCUGCCGCCACCACCCGCCCCAGCCCCACCACCCCUGCAAUGCCCAAGAUGGGUGUGCGUGCAAGGGUGGCCGACUGGCCACCCAAGCGGGAGGCCCUGAGAGAACAGAACAACCCAAGCCCCUCCCAGGAUGUAGACAGCACAAAGGCCGCAAAGGCGUCCCACUCCACAAGGAGCAUACAGAAUGGCCAGCCCCCCGCCAGCACCCCAGCUUCCUCAGGGCCCAGAGCCUUCCACCGACUCUCCAGGAGAAGGUCCAAAGAUGUGGAAUUCCAGGACGGAUGGCCCCGGUCCCCUGGCAGGGCCUUCCUCCCCCUGCGGCACCGCAGCAGCAGCGAGAUCACCCUCAGCGAGUGUGAUGUCGAAGACACAGGGGAGCCACGGGGGGGCCGGCACGGAGGAGUCCUGCCCCUCUUCCGUGAGUAUGGGAGCACAUCCUCCAUCGACGUGCAGGGUGUGCCUGAGCAGAGCUUCUUUGACAUCCUCAAUGAGUUCCGCAGUGAGCAGCCUGAGCCCCGGGGCUCUCAGAACCUCACUGAGUUCCUCCAGGCCGAUCCCAGCUCGCUCCUUGCAGGGGGCAGCAGAAGCGGAGCCAAAGGGGAUUUCCGCAAUGGGCAGACCACAAAAGACAGUCUCCUACCACUGCAGCCCAUGAAGGAGAAGGAGAAGGCCCGGAAGAAACCCGUGCGGGUCCUUGGCGGUGGGGACACUGUGGACUCAUCUAUCUUCCGGAAGCUGAGGAGCAACAAACUGGAGGGCGAGGCUGGGCGGUCCACAGGGGAGGCCGAGGAGGGUCGGAGCCCCCCAGAGGCCAGCAGGCCGUGGGUCUGCCAGAAGAGCUUCGCCCAUUUUGACGUGCAGAGCAUGCUGUUUGACCUCAACGAGGCAGCCGCCAACAGGGUGUCCGUGGCCCAGCGGCGGAACACCACCACGGGCGCCUCUGCUGCCUCUGCCGCCUCCACCCUGGCAUCUCUCACGGCAUCUCGGGCCCACAACCUUGGGGGCUUGGACCCGGCCUUCACCAGCACAGAGGAUCUGAACUGCAAGGAGAACCUGGAGCAGGACCUCGGCGAUGACAACAGCAACGAACUGCUGCUCAGCUGCCCGCACUUCCGCAACGAGAUUGGAGGCGAGUGGGAGCGCAACGUGAGCUUCUCCCGGGCCUCUGUGGGCUCCCCAGGCAGUGGCGAUGGCCGCCUCACAGAGCCCACCCUGAGUGCCUUCCGCACCAACGCCAGUAUCUCGGUGCUGGAGGUACCCAAGGAGCAGCAGAGAACGCAGAGUCGCCCACGGCAGUACAGCAUCGAGCACGUGGACCUGGGCGCCCGCUACUACCAGGACUACUUUGUGGGCAAAGAGCACGUCAACUACUUUGGUGUGGACGAGAAGCUGGGACCAGUGGCUGUGAGCAUCAAGCGAGAAAAGCUGGAGGACCACAAGGACCAUGGGCCUCAGUACCAGUACAGGAUCAUCUUCCGGACCCACGAGCUCAUUACCCUGCGGGGCUCCAUCCUGGAGGACGCCACACCCACAGCCACCAAGCAUGGGACCGGGCGGGGCCUACCCCUGAAGGAUGCCCUGGAGUACAUCAUUCCAGAGCUCAACAUCCACUGCCUGCGGCUGGCUCUCAAUACCCCCAAGGUGACAGAGCAGCUGCUGAAGCUCGACGAGCAAGGGCUCUGCCGGAAGCACAAGGUGGGCAUCCUCUACUGCAAGGCCGGCCAGAGCUCCGAGGAGGAGAUGUACAACAACGAGGAGGCAGGGCCAGCCUUUGAGGACUUCCUCUCCCUGAUUGGCGAGAAGGUCUGCCUGAAGGGCUUCACCAAGUACGCUGCCCAGCUGGAUGUCAAGACUGACUCCACGGGAACGCACUCCCUCUACACGACGUACCAGGACUACGAGAUCAUGUUCCACGUUUCCACUCUGCUCCCUUAUACCCCCAACAACAGGCAGCAGCUGCUAAGGAAGCGGCACAUAGGAAACGACAUUGUGACCAUCAUCUUCCAGGAGCCUGGAGCACUGCCCUUCACCCCCAAGAACAUCCGCUCGCACUUUCAGCACGUCUUCAUCGUUGUCCGAGUCCACAGCCCCUGCACUGAUAACAUCUGCUACAGUAUGGCUGUGACCCGAUCCAAAGAUGCGCCUCCUUUCGGCCCCCCCAUCCCCAGUGGAACCACAUUCCGCAAAUCUGAUGUCUUUAGAGACUUCUUGCUGGCCAAGGUGAUUAACGCUGAGAACGCUGCACACAAAUCUGACAAGUUCCACACCAUGGCCACCAGGACCCGCCAGGAGUACCUCAAGGACCUGGCUGAAAACUGUGUCUCCAACACACCCAUUGACUCCACCGGCAAGUUCAACCUCAUCUCUCUGACCUCCAAGAAGAAGGAGAAAACAAAAGCACGGGUGGGCGCUGAGCAGCACAGCACAGGGGCCAUUGCCUGGAGGGUGGCAGCUCAGGACUAUGCCCAGGGGGUCGAAAUCGACUGCAUUUUGGGAAUUUCAAAUGAGUUUGUGGUGCUCCUGGACCUACGCACCAAAGAGGUCGUGUUCAACUGCUACUGCGGGGACGUCAUUGGCUGGACCCCAGACUCCACAACACUCAAAAUCUUCUAUGGGCGAGGGGACCACGUCUUCCUACGGGCCACAGAAGGCUCUGUGGAGGACAUAAGGGAAAUCGUCCAGAGACUGAAGGUGAUGACCAACGGCUGGGAGACCGUGGACAUGACGCUGCGGCGGAACGGGCUCGGGCAGCUGGGUUUCCACGUGAAGUACGACGGCACCGUGGCCGAGGUGGAGGACUACGGGUUUGCCUGGCAGGCCGGCCUCCGGCAAGGCAGCCGGCUGGUGGAGAUCUGCAAGGUGGCCGUGGUCACGCUGACGCACGACCAGAUGAUCGACCUGCUGCGCACCUCUGUCACCGUGAAGGUGGUCAUCAUUCCGCCUUUCGACGACGGCACCCCCCGGCGGGGAUGGCCGGAUUCCUAUGACAUGAAUACCUCGGAGCCCAAGGCCGAGCCGGAGAGUGUGACCCCUGGGGGGCGACCCCCCUACCGCAGCAAUGCUCCCUGGCAGUGGAGCGGGCCUGCGUCCCACAACUCUCAACCAGCCUCCAAGUGGGCCUCUCCCACCACCCCUGGCCAUGCCCAGUCCCUGAGCCGGCCCCCAAAGCAGACCCCUGCGGUCCCCUUCCGGGAGUCCCAGCCACUGCACAGCAAGAGGCCUGUCAGCUUCCCAGAAACCCCUUACACAGCAUCACCAGCAGGGGCCGACAGAGUCCCUCCCUACCGACAGCCUUCUGGGAGCUUCUCCACCCCUGGCUCGGCCUCCUACGCAAGAUACAAGCCGUCCCCGGAAAGGUAUGCGGCCGCCCCACACCCACUGCUGUCCUUUGACCCCCACUUCAGCCAUGACGGGAUGUCCAGUGGCGACUCCUCCUCAGGCGGCCUGACCAGCCAGGAGAGCACCAUGGAGCGCCAGAGGCCAGAGCCCUUGUGGCAUGUGCCUGCCCAGGCCCGGCUCUCAGCCAUGGCAGGAAGCAGCGGGAGCAAGCACACCUCCAGGCAGGACCCAGCAGGCAAAGAUUCCCCCCACAGGCAUUCCAAAGGAGAACCUCAGUACUCAAGUCAUUCCAGCAGCAAUACCCUCUCCAGCAACGCGUCCAGCAGCCACAGCGACGAUCGCUGGUUCGACCCCCUGGACUCCCUGGAGCCGGAGCAAGACCCUCUCUCCAAAGGCGGCUCCAGCGACAGUGGCAUUGACACCACCCUCUACACCUCCAGCCCCAGCUGCAUGCCCCUGGCCAAGGCGCCACGGCCUGCCAAGCCACACAAGACCCCGGGAAGUAUGGGCCUCUGUGGCGGGGGGCGCGAAGCCGCCGGGAGGUCCCACCACACGGACAGGCGGCGGGAGGUCUCGCCCGCCCCCGUGGUUGCUGGCCAGAGCAAGAGCUACCGACCGAAGCUCUACUCCUCCGGCUCCAGCACCCCGACAGGCCUGGCCGGGGGCAGCCGCGACCCGCCGAGGCAGCCCAGUGACAUGGGCUCGAGGGCUGGCUACCCGGCUCAGGUUUACAAAACUGCCAGUGCAGAGCCUGCCCGGCCCUCGCAGCUGGCCCAGUCCAACCCCUUCCAGCUCUCCACCUCCGUCCCCAAGUCCUUCUUCUCCAAGCAGCCUGUGCGCAACAAGCACCCAGCAGGAUGGAAGAGAACUGACGAGCCCCCGCCGCGGCCACUUCACUUCACUGACCCAAAGAAGCAGGUGGACAGCAGCACGAAAAACGUCUUUGGGCAGCCGCGGUUGAGGGCAUCCCUCCGAGACCUCCGCUCCCCACGGAAGAACUACAAAUCCACCAUCGAGGACGACCUCAAGAAACUCAUCAUCAUGGACAGCCUGGGGCCAGAGCAGGAGAGAGACUCGGGACAGUCCCCACAGAAGAGCCUGCAGCGGACGCUGUCAGAUGAGAGUCUGUGCAGCGGGCGCCGGGAGCCCAGCUUCGCCAACCCUGCCAGCCUGGAGCCAGGCCUGCCCAGCGAUGUGCUCUUCACCAGCACCUGCGCCUUCCCCUCCAGCACGCUGCCCGCCCGCCGCCAGCACCAGCACCCACAGUCACAGCCGCCUGGCGGGGGCGGCCCCAGCACCAUCCCCGCCACUGGCAACGGCUUUCCAGAGAAGAAAUCCGCCAUCUCAGCCUCAGAGCUCUCACUGGCCGAUGGGCGGGACCGGCCGCUGCGGUGCCUCGACCCCGGGAUGAUGCCUCUGCCCGACACGGCCGCUGGCCUCGAGUGGUCCAGCCUAGUGAAUGCGGCCAAGGCAUACGAAGUACAAAGAGCCGUCUCGCUCUUCUCUCUAAACGACCCAGCCCUGAGCCCGGACAUCGCACCGGCACACAGCCCCGUGCACAGCCACCUGAGCCUGGAGAGGGGGCCCCCGACCCCCAGGACCACCCCUACCAUGAGUGAGGAGCCACCCCUGGAUCUGACGGGCAAAGUGUACCAGCUGGAGGUGAUGCUGAAACAGCUGCACACGGACCUCCAGAAGGAGAAGCAGGACAAGGUGGUGCUGCAGUCGGAGGUCGCCAGCCUGCGUCAGAACAACCAGCGGCUGCAGGAGGAGUCGCAGGCCGCCAGCGAGCAGCUGCGCAAGUUCGCCGAGAUCUUCUGCAGGGAGAAGAAGGACCUCUGAGGUGGGCAGCCCCGGCCCGCACCCCAGCUCCGCGCGACCGAGCGCCACCAAGAUCAGCCAGCCGGGCCUCGGCACCAGCCGCCCCCACAGCCCUCCCGUGGACUCGGCACCUCGGGGUGGAAGUGGGACCAAAGGCUCACCCGGGCCGGGAGCCCAGGGCUGGGCAUGUUCUCAGGCCUCCCUCUGCCCAUCCGUGGCCCCCGGAGGCUGGGCCCUGCCACACCAUCUCCCAGGGACCCAGUUCUAGCCGCCUCCGAGGACCAGGCCAUCAGAAGGCGCAGGAAUGGAAGGAGGGAGGGCCGGACUCCCAGUCUCCAGCCCCAGAGCCCAGUUCCCAAUCCAGGUUUCUUCAGCACGUACGACAAGAGUUUUGACUUGUGGGGCCAAGCCUCCUGCAUGAAAAAUCACAGCGUGAAAUGGGCCCGUUCUACCCCCAUGUCCCAGAGGUGGAGAAACACACCAGGGCUCCGCUCCUCGGGUCCAAGCGUGGGAACUCCAAGAAGCACGAACGUCCUCCUCUCCCAGCCCCCUUCUUCCGGAAGGCCGCUGGGAGCACUUCCUUAGAGCUUACAUUAUUUUCUUGGCGGUACCAGGAAGCAGAGAGGAAAUCCCAAAUGUUCUGUGGGAGAGGAACUCCCUUUGUGCAAUCGGGACGUUUAUAAAGUCUUUUUCUACCAGCUGCUUUAGUGCCGAAGGCCCCAGCGCCCAGACUGGAGCCCCGCGAGCUCUGGCUCCUGCCACCGCCCGAGCCAGCAGUGGGCCAGGGGAAGAGACCCCCCGGCCCCUGGCCCUCUCCUCCUCCCCACCCAGCAUGACCCAGCCCUGCCCACGCGGCCACGGCAGCCAUGGCCCCUGCUCACGCACCGAGAGGGGCUUCAUGGAUGGAGGAAAACUGCCUUCAUCUUCUCGUCUGGUUUUGUGUUUCCUUUAAGUCUCCCAGCCCAUUUUGCAGGCCCCGCAGCGGCCGAGGCCAUGGCCACCCUCACUGUGCUCCCCAGGGAGCACUUCGCUGUGCGGAACCCACAAGACGCCGAUUCUCCAAAGGCAAUAAGGGGCAGCUUGCCGGGCAGCCAAGCCGGUGUGGUACUACACUCUUCACCCAGGAAACCGUUUCUUUUUUUUCCUUCUUUAAAAACAAAAAAAUAUAUAUAUAUAUUUAUUUUUUCAUGUAGAGUUGCGCCAGAACAAGCCUGUAUGGCUACAGUCUGUGGAUCCCCGCCUCCCCCCCACAAGCUGAGGCUCGAGGCAUGUCCCCGUGGGCUGGGGGGACAGAUUCCGGGCAGGCAGGUGGGGUUCCCUGCUGGAGGCACCAGCCUGGGAGGAGGCGCCGGGCCUGGCUUUCGGAGCAACUCACUGGGGGCUGGCAGCCCUUCCCCGGAGACCCUGCCACCUUGCCCCCCCUUCGGGGCCACGCACCUCAGGAAAGGGGGCUUCUGGGGACUGCACAGGACACGGGCAUCCGGGAGGUGCCGGGGGUCGAGGGAGAGUCUCCCUGCGAUCAGCCCUGCCCCCCCAGCAGCACUGCAGCCCCCGACACGCACUGUGAGGUGGGGGCUGUGGAGGCGGGGCCUGCCUGGCAGCAGUCGUCAGCCCUGGCCAACUACUGUGAUGUCUCUGCCCCUCUCCCCCACCCCCUUUUCUGGGGUCUCCAGUCCCCAACCCUCUUUCCUCAGACCCCAAUCUGGAGCCUUUUUUUGUGUUCGUUUUUUUUAAGUUGUCUCCUCUCCUCAUACCUUCAGAUCAUUCGAAUCAUUUUUGGGGACCUAAUCAUGUAAAUUGACACGUGUAAAUUAUGAUUUUUUUGGUUUUGUUUUCUGUCGUUUUUUAAAAAUCUCUGCAAAACAAAUCUAUUUAAUUUGAGGUUGGUAUUCUAUCUGAUGGCCGAAGAGAGUAGCAGCUUUUUUUCAUAUGUCGAUUUGUUUGGGUAUUUUUUAUUGUUAUUCUUUAUUGUCUUUUUUUUCCCCCCUUCCCUGUCUUGAGAUUUUCUGGCAUGUUUCUGGAGGUUUCAAAGGAAAUAAACGUUUCAUAGAAAUGG